AUGAACUUAUGCAGUACUGAAAAACAGAUACACCCAUCCAGAACUAAGCCUUUGCGAAGCGAAGCUAAGGGAAGAAAUUUCAAGUUGUGCUCAUCGAACAUUCCUAGUUCAGGGACUAAUAAGAAGUACAAACAUCAUCAUCAUCAGCCUAUUAAUGUCCCCACUGCUGGGGCACAGGCCUUUCUUAUGGAUGGAAUAGGAAGAUUGGGCCAUGACCCACCACGCGGGCUCAGUAUGGUUUCAGAGAUCAAACUGACCGCGUCCAUAUAUCUCCUGGCGGCCAACCGCCUGGUGGUGGGCCGCGAGGACGGCUCCAUCGUGAUCGUGAGCGCCACCCGCACCAUCCAGCUGCAGCUGCUGCACGGGGCCCACCAGCAGCGGGACGACUGGCACUGCCACCAGCUACUGCUGGGACACAACGGCAGAGUCAACUGUCUGCUUUACCCACACCAUGUGCAUCAACGAUACGACAAAGCGCACCUAGUGUCGGGGGGCAUAGAUUUCGCGGUAUGCCUGUGGGAUCUGUUCAGCGGCACUUUACUGCAUCGGUUCUGCGUCCACGCCGGCGAGAUCACACAACUCAUCGUGCCGCCGCAUAAUACCAGCCAAAAAAGAGUGUGGGGGAUAGAACUGCGAACUACAUCCGUCCGUAAGGACGCGAAUUCUACGUUCACGCAGGAAGUCAGCUACCCAGGCGCAGAGCUGAGCAGGCAGACCGUAAGCAGGAAGCUUGGAGAAAAGGCUUUUGUGCCAGACCCUGUCAAAAGCCUUGGCGAUGUUAAGGCUAAUAGCCAGACUCUCCCCGCUUGUCUAUAG